GCGCUGCGCAUAGCAGUCGUGCCAUCGGGAAAAGACAAUAUCAACUGCGCGGAGGAGAGACACAUCAGAGCCCCUCAGGCACAACAACACGUAAAGUAGUCGACUGAGAGUUGGGCUGAUAUUGCUCAAGAAGGAGAUAAGGAAGCAGGGUCGCAUAAUAUUAGGAUCAGCUGAUUUCCCUCUGUUUGGAUGUGUCUGCUCAACAGUCGUUAAUGCGUAACGCUCAAUACUCCCUCAUGUGAGGGUGUAGAAUGGAAACAACCCUCUACCCAGGCACCGAGGUGAAUACUCCGAGGGUUUCCAACAUCUUUUCCCAGACCACGAUGAUGAAGAAGGAAAUUAGUCUGAACCUGGACGACCAGAACUCCGAGCUCAAAUCAAACCCGCUCAGGGACACGGACGGACUUCUCAACUCAGCAGACUUGGGACUGUUGAAACUAACCUCUCCGGACUUGGAGCGCCUUAUCAUCCAGUCCAACGGUCUGGUCACCACCACCAACCCGACCUCCCAGUUCCUCUACCCGAAGUCUGCCAGUGACGAGCAGGAGUUCGCGGAGGGCUUCGUCAAGGCGCUGGAGGAUCUUCACAAGCAGAACCAGCUGAGCGAAUCGGGGUGCGUCUCUGUGGACAGACUGGAGCUCCUGGCGUCGUCCAACGCGGUCGGGUCCGCCGGGCUCCAGACAUCAGACCUUCCUGUAUACACUACGUUGAACGGCUAUGCGACCAGUCCGCUGGGAGCCACCACCAUCAACUACUCCACGGACACCAUCCCCUUCCCGCCGCCCCCGUCUCAUCUGGCCGGCGCGCAGCAACAGGCGGCCGCUGCGGCGGCUCUGUCACGACUCCAGUCUGCCGGCGUGGUCAAGGACGAGCCUCAGACGGUACCAGACAUGCAGAGCUUCGGGGACAGCCCCCCUCUGUCCCCCAUUGACAUGGACAACCAGGAGCGCAUCAAGGCGGAGAGGAAAAAGCUGCGGAACAGGAUAGCCGCCUCCAAAUGCCGCAAGAGAAAACUGGAGAGGAUCUCUCGGCUGGAGGACAAGGUCAAGACCCUGAAAACACAGAAUACUGAGCUGGCCUCCACAGCCAGCGUCCUCAGGGAGCAAGUGGCACAGCUGAAGCAGAAGGUGAUGAACCAUGUCAGCAGCGGGUGCCAGCUUUUACCGAACCAGGUCCAGGCUUACUAGAUCCCCUUCGUGGAGGUUUUUCCAGCUCGAAAUAUGCUCUGAGGAUACAGGACCGUGUUUUGAGGAACAUUUGCCUUUUGUAACCUAAACUCCUAACGCGAGGCCAUUGUAAAUGCACCCUCCAGAUACGAGGCUGCAACUGAGAAACAAUUGCAUUGCGCUGUAUAGAGAUGAACAGGCCUGCAAGUCAACUGGAAAAAUGACAGGUUAGCCAGCAGCAGGUAUGGGCUGCAGCCUCUUCCGAUUCAGGAGAAUCUGGCAGUGUUAAGCAGGAAACAGACUUGUUUUGUCGCCCUAAUUUUUGGGAAGCCAUGUAGCAAAAUUGCUAUCCAGCGGACUUGUGGUGGAUAGCACUUAUCUGUGUGUAAGCUGGACAAUCUCAACAAGAGUGCAACCAAACAACAGGGUGUCACCAAGUGCUGUCAUCCACUGUAUAAUAUUAUGCCUUACUUGUUUACAAGCACUUAGCAAUGACAAAUAUAUAUAUAUUUUUUAUUUACUGAAACAUUUCUUAUUUUACAUAUGGUCUUAUUUGUAGUUUUUCCCUUUUAUCAUUUUGCAAAAAUGAACACUGCAUGUCUUGUCGCUUUUAUGUACAGUAACCAUUGUAUUUUUCAUUAUGGUGGCUGCUGUGUAGUUCUUCAGUCACCAGACUUCCAUGAAUGUAUGCGCAAGUACUGAGAAACCAUAUCUAUCCAUGUGUAAUGGACUUUCAAGUCUCUACCUGACAUUUAUUAAAUUCACUACAUUACUACA